GUUUAAUUAAGCAGUUUAACUCAACUCAAAGAACCAACCGAAGUACAAACUGGGGUCUGACUGUCGUGUCGGUUUAUUGUUCAUUGCAUACCAUAGUUAAUAUCUUAGAAAAAAAAUUUCUUUUCGUAAGGCAAAGGCCGGCCAUGGAGGUAGAAGAGCUAGAGAAGAGAAAGUCCAGAAAGAUUCCGUCUUCUUCUCCUUCUUCUCCUUCUUCAGCUCUUAUAAAUAACCUUGAUGAUGGCUGCCUUAUGCAUAUUUUCAGCUUCUUAUCUCCCAUUCCAGAUCGGUAUAACACCGCCCUCGUUUGCCACAGAUGGUGUUAUUUGGCAUGUCACCCUCGACUGUGGCUGCGAGUCGAUAGAUCCGUUCAGGAUUUUUCUGAACCUGGUGUUUUCCCCAAUAUUGAAGAAGCUGUGUCUGCAGCUAGACCUGGCGACACUAUUUUAAUUGCAGCUGGCGGCAGUCAUCUUGCCUCUAAUAUUCAGAUUAAAAAACCUCUCUGCCUGAUCGGCGGAGGUGAGCUUCCUGAUGAAACAAAUGUCAUCUGUUUGCGAGGUUCAGACAGAGAGAAACAACCUGCACGUUUGUGCUGUUCGUUUUGGUGGAGCAGUGCAUUGGAGUUUCUAUCAACCUGCAAGCUGACAAACUUAACGGUGAAGGCGGAGCUAGGUUGCUGCUUGCUUCAUAGGAGUGGAAGGCUAAUUAUAGAUGAAUGCAUACUUCAGUGUGAAUCAAACCCGUUGGACUAUCUGUCAUGCCCGAUCGUGAGUACAGCCGGAAGUGGGGUGUUUCCCUCCAACCUGAAGAGUGAUGGUGAUAGCAUUUCUGUAUCGCACACUCGGAUUGAAGGAGGUGCAAAGGCUGUUUUGACGAGUGGAGAUCUAGCACUACAGCAAGUUCGUGUCAUUUAUGCUCGAACUUGUCUCUAUUUCUGGUUCGACGUUGAUUGUAGAUAAUUGGAUUAGGGAAUUCAAUUUAAUUCCUGAAUGUUGUUUUGUUUUCUGUA